AUGAUCCGGGGCUUCUGGCGUAGGCUUUCCGGGAAGCACUUGCUUGCCCUCCUCAACAUCGUCGCUGCACUAGCCAUUAACUUCGAAGGUCUUGCACAAGGUGUGAUGGGCUCGGUCAACGUCUCGCCCGAAUACAUCGAGCGCAUGCAACUGGGAAGUAACGGAGUCGUUCACGACCCUACGAGGCAGGGUGGAAUCGUUUGUAUCUAUUACCUCGGAGCUUUGUUUGGAGGUUUCUGGGCUGGCCACGUCGCCGACAAAUAUGGCCGUAUCAAAGGUAUCCUUGCCGGUUGCUUCUGGUGCAUCAUCGGUGCUGCCCUUCAAAGUGCCGCUCAAAACCUCAACAUGAUGCUCUGCGCUCGCGUCAUCACCGGCGUUGGGGUUGGUUACCUCAUGUGUAUCGUCCCCGCUUGGUCCGCUGAAAUCGCCGCCGCGCAUUCCCGUGGGAAAUUCAUCACCAUCACCUUUUUGGCCAACUUCAUCGGGAUUACGACGGCUUCUUGGUUAGGUUAUGGUAUCUCGCAUAGCGAUAUCGGCGGGGGUCAGUUUAGAUGGAGGUUCGUGUUGGCAUUCCAGAUGUUGCCCUGUUUCCCAUUGGCGCUGGGCGUCCUUUUGCUGCCUGAAUCGCCUAGAUGGCUUAUCAAAAUGGGUCGCAAAGAAGAAGCCCUGGAGAUCAUCGCCAAGCUCCGUGGAAACGACAACCCAGACCACCCCGUCGCACGCGCCGAGUUCGACGAAAUUGUCACCAUGGUCGAACUCGAAAACAAGGAUCAGAACAUCUCGUACUGGCGUAUGUUCCUCGGUACCGACUCAGGCGACAUUCACCUCGCUCGCCGUAUCCAAUUGUCCUUCUGGUUGCAGGUCAUGAUGCAAUAUGGCACUGGAAUCGCCGCGGUCGUCAUCUAUUCUGCAACAAUCUUCCGCACCGCAGGCUUCGACGACGACAAAUCCAACUGGCUAUCCGCUUUGUGCAACACGGUCGGCAUCUUCGGCACCGCCGUCGCAGCCUUCACCCUCGACAAAGUCGGACGUCGACGAACCCUGUUCUGGGGCGCUGUCGUGUUGGCAAUCAUCCAUUUCGCAAUCGGCGGUCUCUCCCGUGCUGCGAUUAACCAGCCUCAGAACGCGGCGGCAUUGGGUACAGGUGCCGCCGCCUGCGUUUUCAUCUACCUUUUCUUUUUCUCCUCGACUUGGCUCAUGAUCCCUUUCAUCUACCCCACCGAAAUCUUCCCUACCCACCUCCGCGCAAAAGGAAACGCAUUCGGCGUCGCAGGCUGGGCUGUAGGCUUCGGUGGUGGUUCACUGCUCGUCCCGAUCAUGUUUGCCGGUAUUGGUGAGAAGACCUUUUACGUGUUUGGUGCUGCGAUGUUUGCGUGGAUUCCGGUUAUUUAUGUGUUCUUUCCGGAGACGGCGAAGAGGAGUUUGGAGAGUGUUGAUAUGUUGUUUGCGUCUAAGAGUCCGUUUACGUGGGAUGAGGAGAAGGAGUAUGCGAGGAGGGAUACCGUUCGUUAA